UCAAUCGUCGUCCGAAUAAGUUCUCCAUGUUUCAACAUUUCAAAGGCACUGAAUUUAGACAAGUUUUACUGUAUACUGCUCCGGCUGUGCUGCAAAAUGUUAUACAUACUGAAUAUUAUGAACAUUUCCUUUUAUUACAUUGUGUGAUGCGCCUUCUCAGUUUCCAAAAUAUCUCUGAUGAAAUAUAUAUUUAUUGCCAUGCGGCACUGGAGAGUUACGUCAAGAUGUGUGAGAAACUGUACGGAGAACAAUUUAUCUCGUACAAUGUGCAUGGUCUGUUGCAUGUAGUUAACGAUGUUAUGCGAUUGGGGCCGUUGGAAUCAUACAGUGCCUUUUGUUAUGAGAAUAACAUGCCACAAUUUCGAAAAUACAUACGAAAACCACAUAUGCCUCUUCAGCAGUUUUACGCUAGGAUGUGUGAACUAAAUGCCCUUGUUCUGCCUCCGGCCGAUAAUACAAUAAAAAUUUGUGGAUCUAAAGUUCACGUAGAGGGACUUCUUCUACAUCAUAUGCUAGCCUGUCAUUGUCAACAAUUUCGAAAAUUACAAGUUGGGGAUAUAACAUUUUCUACUUCCCGUCGUGACAAUUGCUGUAUUUUGAAUAAUUCAGAAAUCUGCGUUAUAGAAAACAUAGUACAAAUAGAAGGAAAUAUUAGUUUUAUCGUCAGAAAAUUCCGAACACAGGUUUACGUAUACGACGUUGGUUUAACAUCUGAUUUGGCAGGUGUUUUCCAGUGUUCAAAUUUAUUAAAUACACUUGAGACAAUAAACUUAAACGAUGUAAAAGGCAAAAUAUACAGGAUGCCGAAAUGGAGCUCUGAAGAAGGCACAGAAGAAUGCACUAUUAAAAAUAAAUGGAUCUGUGUAACACUAAUUACACCUCUGAUAUUGCCGCAACAUUAAACAAUAUGAAUGCAAUCAAAGUUUAUACAAAUACACAAUAGCAGAUUUAAUGAGAAUAAAUGCAAUCUUUUAUGAAAGCAAUUUCAAAUUUUCUGAAAUCUAUAACAGUAAUACAUUAUGGCAUAUUUUGUAGUUAUCAAAAUAAAAUAUGGAGAAAGAAGAAAAAAUGUUAAAAAACAAGAAAUAUUUAAAAACAUCCAGCAGUGGCCGUCCACUGACAAGACCAAAAAAGUUAAUGACGUUAUCCUCGGACGAAAUGUCAAAGCGCCGAAAAAAAACUCAGGGGCCAAACUAUGGAAAAGGAGAUCGAUAGAUUACGCCAAUUAGUUAAAGAAUCCAACACUCAAGAUAGAAAUAAAACGUUUUCGGAGAAUAUAAUUACUUUAAACAAAGGAAACAACGUGAUAAUUUCAAACGCUGCCAUCGAACCUUUAGAAAAAGAAAAAGAUAUUGGAAGAAAUUCUUUGGGAUGGAGCAAUUUAAAAUCUGUCGAGUAUCCAGGAAUAAACUUUCCUCUUUUUUUAACAAGUACUCAAGAAAACUUUGACGAAAUAGAAAAAGAGAAUAUAAUCACUUCGAACAAAGGGGACGUGACAAUUUUAAAAGCUCCUAUCAGACUUCUGAGCAGUCCAAAUAGAACUUCGCCUGUUUCUUCGACAGCUUUACAAGAAAAUUCACAAGAGAAAUGCAUACAUUACAAGUGCAAAGACACACUUCACAGAUUGACCGAGCUUGAAGAACAAAACAGAAUAAUAAUUGAAAGCUUAGUUGAAAUUAAAGAAGAUCAAGUUCAAAUGAAAGAAGGUCAAGUUCAAAUAAAAGAAAUGCUGAAGGAGGUGAUACGGAUGAUAAGUGAGGACGGUGACAAUAAUGCCACGAAAACAUUAUAUGAACCACUUGAGGGCUUUCCAAUGCAGAGAUUAGAAGAUUUUAUAGAAAUGGAAAGCGAUAAUAAGAAAACGGAGCGUAAAAAGCUGACAUAA